GUUUUGUUGAUUUUGCUGUUGCUGCUGUUACAAAGAGUCUCUUCUUCCUGAGCUGAGAGUCAUUUUCUUCCCAUUCACAGAUUGACACUGUCGGCAGUCAUGAUGAGGAGCUCCGUGGUGUUUUGCCUGGCUGUCAGCUUUGCCAUGUUUGGAUUUGGCCUCUCGCUGCAGUGUUACUCCUGCCCUGACGGCUCCUCGGAUCAGUGUGCAGUCCAGCUUGAGUGUAAGCAGGGUGACGACAGCUGCCUAAAACUCAAAAGUGGUGAAACAACCUACACCACCUGCAUGAGGUACGCAGACUGCAACUUUAUGACUCUGGCCUCCAGAUUCACCGUCCCUGAGUUCACCUUCUCCUGCUGUCAGUCAAAACUCUGUAACGGACCGGAGAAAAGUGCGCUUCAGAAAUUUCUGGAUUUGUUCGGAUAAGAAAAAAAAAAAAAGUUGUAAAUUCAGAUUUCCAAAUGCUUAUCAUUCCAUUCCAUGUAACCACUGCUGAACGAAACAAUAAAGUCUUGUGUCAAUGAAACA